CUCAACCCCGUCCCGCCUUGAGCCUCGGUGUUCCCACCUAGGGGCGGGCAGCCAGGGGCACUUCCGCUGGCCCAAGUGAUCUGCAUGUGGCAGGGCUGCGCAGUGGAGCGGCCAGUGGGCAGGAUGACGAGCCAGACCCCUCUGCCCCAGUCCCCCCAGCCCAGGCGGCCGACGAUGUCUACUGUUGUGGAGCUGAACGUCGGGGGUGAGUUCCACACCACCACCCUGGGUACCCUGAGGAAGUUUCCGGGCUCAAAGCUGGCAGAGAUGUUCUCUAGCUUAGCCAAGGCCUCCACGGACGCGGAGGGCCGCUUCUUCAUCGACCGCCCCAGCACCUAUUUCAGACCCAUCCUGGACUACCUGCGCACUGGGCAAGUACCCACACAGCACAUCCCUGAAGUGUACCGUGAGGCUCAGUUCUACGAAAUCAAGCCUUUGGUCAAGCUGCUGGAGGACAUGCCACAGAUCUUUGGUGAGCAGGUGUCUCGGAAGCAGUUUUUGCUGCAAGUGCCGGGCUACAGCGAGAACCUGGAGCUCAUGGUGCGCCUGGCACGUGCAGAAGCCAUAACAGCACGGAAGUCCAGCGUGCUUGUGUGCCUGGUGGAAACUGAGGAGCAGGAUGCAUAUUAUUCAGAGGUCCUGUGUUUUCUGCAGGAUAAGAAGAUGUUCAAGUCCGUUGUCAAGUUUGGGCCCUGGAAGGCGGUCCUAGACAACAGCGACCUCAUGCACUGCCUGGAGAUGGACAUUAAGGCCCAGGGGUACAAGGUAUUCUCCAAGUUCUACCUGACGUACCCCACCAAAAGAAACGAAUUCCAUUUUAACAUUUAUUCGUUCACCUUCACCUGGUGGUGAUCCUCAGGAGCAGAGACUGUUAUGAAUUCUGGCGUGGCUUAUGAAAUUAAAAGUUGCCAUCAAAGCCAUUUUCUUUUAAUUUCACAAACAUCAGGCAAUUUCCAGGGUUGGUCUAGAGCCUUGCCACUAAAUAUUGAUCACUCAUUUAAGGACUUUCCACUCCAUUGCAACUGAUGCCACUAUAUUUGCCUAGCAACUUGCAGCUACUUCCUUUUCAAAGCCUCAUGUAUCUCCCAGACCCUUCUCUUGAAGUCCAAUAACAAGACCAAGUAAGAAUGUUUCAACAAUGCGUUGGCAAGAGAUGUGAGAUGACAACAGGAACAUACAAGGUACUGUGAAUCUAGAUGUUCUGACCUAAAGAUGUAGUCUACAUAGCCCCAGCUUGGGGUCCAAUCCAUCUGUCUCUGGCAUGUGCCUUCAUGUAGUAGGUGCUUUCGUGAUCCCCUUUGUGAGAUGCUGUGGGUGCUAAAACCUCGGAGCUGUCCUCUUCUCUAGAGUGGAGGUUUUCAAAGUGCAUCAUCAGCAUUACCUGUGAACUUGCUGGAAAUACAAAUCCUCAGGCCCCACCUCAGACCUACUGAAUCAGAAUCUCUGGGGGUUGGCACAGCAUUCUGAUUUACCAAACCCUCCAAGUGAUUUUGAUGUAUUCUAAUUUUGAGACCAUCUCUAGAAAAGAAUUGCUACCUCUUGUAUGGAGGUACAAAAGACUGACCUCUUACGUCAAGGAACUUCCUUUCCCAGAGCUCCUCAUGGAAUCAAGCUGAAGUCAGUCUUCUUCUGAGAGCACAUUCUUACUCAGUUUUUUUCCUCUGUCCUACGCUGCUUCCCUCACUCCCCUUCUCCUAAGAGCACUCCAUCAAUAAACCACUUGCACGAGA